AUGCCGGAACAUACACCAGCUCCAACUCCCGGUCGGGCUAUCUACGGAUUCGCACUGUUUCUACUCUUCAAAACGCUCUUUGCCAUGUACGUCGUAUGGGCUUUCGUCCCGACCGCAGUGUUUGAUCAUGUUGGUCUCGUCUACCUGCCGGACAAAUACUUCGCCCUCUUCAUACCGAUUGUGGCCCUCGUGGCCGUGACGCUGUUUGCCUUCCUCAUCUAUCCUUCGCUGGCGCUCGCCAUGACACCGGAUGCGGAUGAGCGAGAAACGAUUACCGAUGGGUUCGCCAUCGUUCGGUGCAAGUAUCGCUUCCCGGAUGGCCAAAGUUGCAAUCAGCGUGUCGACGAUCCGUACGGUGCGGGGUGGAAUGCAAAGCGACACUGCGAGAAGCACGCAACACGCCUCAACGAGCAGCAGCAGCGGACGGUGCGAGUGGCCAACUUUUGCGAUUGCCCCUACGAAUCGCAAUGUCUUCUGCGCAAAGAUCCGGACUAUCUGCCGACGCUGCGAGCCAAAGAUCCCAUACCGGCCGUCUGUGACCUUAGCUUAGCCAAAGUGAGUCGUGCACUCUACCGAAGGUAUUAGGGUGUGCCGGAACACACAAAACGUUGUGAAAUGGGUCCGUUAAAGAUUUAAGCAAUCAGAAUUUAUUAUUCAAUCUUCAUAUUUAUAGCUAGUGGAAAAAGAAGAUAAAAGCACCCUUGACU